AUGGGCUCCGUUUCAACCGACACGCCGGCCAUGGCCACAAACCCCAAAUUCAUCUUCUUCACCGACUUCGACGGCACCGUCACCACCGCCGACUCCAAUGACUACAUGACCGACAACCUGGGCUACGGCCCCGAGAAGCGCAAGCAGGGCAACGCCGACACGCUCCACGGCCGAGUUCACUUCCGCGACUCUUUCCGCGAGAUGCUCGACAGCGUCAAAACGCCCUUGGACAAGUGCGUCGAGAUCCUGCUGGCCAACAUCAAGCUCGAUCCGGGGUUCAGGGACUUCUAUAACUGGGCCCAGGACAACAACGUGCCCAUUGUGAUUCUCAGCGGCGGCAUGGAGCCCGUCAUUCGGGCGCUCCUGGAUAAGCUGCUAGGGACGGGGUGGAAUAUUCAGAUUGUGAGCAACUUUGUCAGGGCACGGGAGGGAAAGAGCCUCAACGACGAGGGCGGCUGGGAGAUUGUCUUCCGCGACGACAGCAUCCAUGGCCACGACAAGUCCAUUGAGAUCCGCAAAUACUCGAGCCUUCCCAACCGACCGACCAUGUUCUAUGCCGGCGACGGAGUUUCUGAUCUGUCUGCCGCCAAGGAGACGGACCUGCUCUUUGCAAAGGCCGGAAAGGACUUGGUGACUUGGUGCGAAAUCGAAAACGUGCCCUUUGUCACCUUCAAUGACUGGACGAGCAUCUCUCAGACGGUCAAGGAUAUCGUUGCCGGCAAGAUUACCGUCCAGGAGGCGGCCAAGGGUCGAAUUUAA